AUGUUACUUUUUAUUGUUAGUACCGUCACAGAUGUUUGGUUCCAUUUAUUAAGUUUGCAAGCAGAAGAUGACUACAGUCAAAAUGUUAUUCAUAUGUUUAACAUUAAGUACUUUACUGUGAGGAAACAGGACAAGUGUUCUUUUUUAAACGACGCCUCUUGUAGGACACAUCGUGUCAAAAGACAAUUCUUUGACAGAACAUGCCUUACCCCAGAGAACGAAUUAGGCGAUUGCAUCGACACUAAGCAGUGUCCAUUACUGUUAGCCACCCUGAUAAUUGAAGGGGAGUCCGCACAUGAUUACAUACGAGAAAGAACGUGCAGCUUUGAUGGUAGAAAUGCAAUCGUUUGCUGUUUCAACGCUACCAAGAACAGCGAAAGCAGGAAUCAUAAAGAUCCACUAUUACGGCCACCGCAUUGUGGCCUCAGCGGCGGCAGCCAUGACAAGGUGGUUGGUGGUGUUCGAGCCAGAUUAGGUGCAUGGCCCUGGAUCGCUGCUUUAGGAUAUCGGAACGCAAGUGAUCCGUCGCAACUGCAAUGGAAGUGCGGAGGAUCUCUGAUAUCGGCGAGACACGUUCUGACCGCUGCACAUUGCUGCAAUAAUUACUUAUCCACGGUUCGUAUCGGAGAUUUAAAUCUGAGGCGGUUCGACGAUGGUGCACAUCCCGUACAAGUGGAAAUCGCGCAGAAAAUAAUUCAUCCUCUUUACAGAACCGGAGUGGCCGAGAACGACAUAGCUGUUCUCAAACUAGCCGAGGAUGUGCCAUUUUCCAAAACUUUGCAUCCAAUUUGUCUGCCAGUUGAUCCACCUCUUCGAGACAUGAACUUAGAGAAUUAUUAUCCCUACAUUGCUGGAUGGGGAUCGCAGUCACUGAAAGGAGAAACUGUAGAUCAUCUUAUGGAGGCAAACGUGCCAGUGAUUAGUAAUGAUGAUUGUAAACGGCAAUAUUCUAAUAUAAGGGGAGCUGUCAUUGACAAUCGAGUGGUAUGCGCUGGAUUCCCUCAUGGUGGGAAGGAUGCUUGUCAGGGUGAUAGCGGAGGACCUUUGAUGUUGUCGCCCUCAAAUUUCUUCUAUUAAAUCGGAGUAAUUUCGUACAGUUACAAAUGCGCUGAGCCUGAAUAUGCCGGUGUCUACACCAGAGUCACCGAAUUCCUGGAUUUCAUUAUC